AAUGAACAGAUUCUGUGAUUAUAAAUCUUGCUAAUACUUCAAUAGACAACCAUCAAUAGAACAAAGAUCUAAAUUGAAUAAAGUAAUGUGUCCAUUAUGUAUGGGUGCCAACUAUUGUAGUACUCGAUGUAGAGAUCUUGAUUGGUAAAUGAUUUAAUUUUAAUAACAAUAUAGGCCUAUAUAUCAUAAAGAGAUUUGUAAAAAAUCUUAACCAGAUAGAGCAAGAUCUUGCAAUGAUACAAUUGAUUCAUGUUCAACAACAAGUGUAAGGAGGAAACCUGAGGAAUUUGAAAUAAUUACUAUAGGAAGUAAAUAAGAAUUAGGUAGAGGAUCAUAUGGAUCAGUUAAAUUAGUAAAAGAUAAAUAGAAUGGAUUAUUAUAUGCAAUGAAGAUUGUAUGAUAUUGAUUUAUAUUUAUAGAUGAAUAAGAGAUAAGUUUUUGAAUAUUGUUCAGUAGAAAACUUAAAGAGAGAAAUUAAAAUAUAAAGAAGAUUGGUACAUCCACAUAUAUGCAAAUUGCAUCAUUAUUUUGAAGAUAAAGAAAAUGUUUAUUUGAUACUUGAGUAUGCAUGUAUAAUCUCUUUAUUAAAUAGAAAAUGGAUCACUAUUUAAUUAUAUUAAAAAACGAUCUAAAUUGCCUGAAAAUGAAGCAUUUGUUUAUUUCUUUUAAACAUGUUUAGGAAUUGAUUAUUUGCAUAAGAAUAAAGUAAUUCAUAGAGAUCUUAAACCUGAAAAUUUAUUAUUAGAUCAUGAAGGUAAUGUAAAGAUAUGUGAUUUUGGAUGGAGUGCUGAAAGUUUAGCUGAAAAAAGAAUGACAUUUUGUGGUACAUAUGAAUAUAUGGUAUUUAAUAUCUAAUAUAUUAUGUACAUAGGCACCUGAAAUGUUAAAUAAAUAACCACAUGAUUUUAGUUUAGAUAUUUGGAGUUUAGGUAUAUUAUUAUAUGAAUUAUUACAUGGAAAUGCACCUUAUAGAGGAAGGAAUAAUGAAGAAUUAGCUAAUAAGAUUAAAUCUGGAUAACCAAUCAAUUUUAGUUGUACAUUAUCAAAUGAAGUUAUUUGUUUAAUUAAAGGAAUUCUUAAAUAUAUUCCAGGAGAAAGAUUAACUAUGGAUUAAAUAUUUGAUAAUCCAUGGAUGAUUAAACAUGCUUCUAAUUAUAAUAUUGACAUUUGGACUUAUGUUUAUAAAACAUAAUAUCCAACAAGAUAAAUACCAACAGCUAACUUUUAAUAAAAAUAAAAACAUAUUAUUGAAAUUCCAAAUAAAGAACCAUUAUCUAAACCUAUUUAAUAAGAAUAAAAUAAAUUAAAAGAAUAAUCUAAUAAUUAUACUAAUAAUUAUAAACCAUAUUAAAAUGACUAUAAUAAUAAAUAAGAUGAAUUUAAUAAACCAAGAAUAAGUCGAACUUCUAAUAGAAAUGAAAUUAUGAUGCAUUAACAUUAAUUAUAAUAAUAAUAAUAAGAGAAGUUAAGUUUUAUGGAUAGAGUAUUUCUAGCAUUUGGAUGUUUGAAUAGAGAGAAAAAAUGA